CUGAUACAAGGUCUUGGAAGCAACCUAUUGACCGUGAUCCCAAGCGAAGAACCACUGACCCUCGCCGACGUCGACGCCCUCCGCGACCCGCUCUACACCCCCUCCAUCAAAGCCGUCGCACCCCAAAUCGGCACCUUCGGCACCAUCCACAUCAGUAACACCACCACCCAAGCACAAAUAACCGGCGUUACGCCAGAGUUCUUGCGCGUGCGUAACUUGGAGAUGGCCACCGGCACCUUCAUCGGAGCACCGCACGUCGAAUCACGCGCCGAAGUCGUCGUACUCGGCGCUCAAGUCUCCGAAGACCUCUUCGGAAACCAAGACCCCACGGGCGCUGAAGUCCGCAUCAACGGCCGCCAAUUCCGAAUAGUCGGUGUCCUUGCAUCCCAAAGCGGCUUCGGAUCGCUCGACGACCAAGCCGUCAUCCCGAUUACCACUGCCUACUACCGCCUCUCCGGACAGCGAAUCCCCGGCGGCAACAUCAGCGUCGACCAGAUCUCGAUCCAAGUCCGUGACGUCGAACUCGUCGAUCAAGCCAUUGAAGAAAUCGAGACCGUAAUCCGCCUGAGCCAUCGCAUCACCGAGGCCGACGACUUCACCGUCUUCAACCAGCAGGAAAUCCUCGACACCUUCGACGAAGCCAACCAAACCCUCGUCGUAUUCCUCGGCACCGUGGCCGGAAUCUCACUCCUCGUCGGCGGCAUCGGCAUCAUGAACAUCAUGCUCGUCUCCGUCACCGAGCGAACCCGUGAAAUCGGCAUCCGACAAGCCAUGGGGGCCAAGCGACGCGACAUCGUCGCACAAUUCGUCACCGAAGCCGUCUUCCUCACCUUCGGCGGCGGCAUCAUCGGCGUCAUCGUCGGCGUCGCGCUCGCAACCGGCAUCGACGGACGCUUUCUCAUCGGCACGGAGUGGUCCACACGCGUCACCAGCGACAUCCCCAUCCUCGCCAUGAUCGUAUCUGUCGGCGUCGGACUCUUCUUCGGCAUCUACCCAGCCGUUCGCGCCGCACGCCUAAACCCCAUCGAAGCCCUUCGAUACGAAUAA